AUGGUCAAAGACAAGGACACCGUCAUCGAGGAAUUCAACGACCUGGUCAACAUGACCCCCAAUGAACUCCGUGACUGGCUCAAAGAAGAGCAGUCGCAGUCGUCCGGGUGGAGUGGUGAAUCUGGAGAGACAAUUGGACAUGAAAGUGGUCGCAAGAUUGUCGACAUCCUAGAGCAUAACCCGUCCAAGGAUCCAGAUGGAUACUCCGACCAGGACAUCGAUCACAUGCGACGAGUCGUGUCGUAUUGUAAGCGGCAUUUGGCGCAGGAGGAGAAAGCCAAGCAGGAUCCGAACAGCAAGAGCCAUCGGUCGUUGAAGAACUGGGGACAUGAUCCGUUUAAGUCCUGA